ACAAAAAAAAAAAAGACGAAAAACCCAUUAGUCGAUCAGCUAAUCUUCAACACACACGAUGAAUAGAUUUUUUGAAUGGAACAAGAAAGCUGAUGCACAAAGCCAUACCACCAGCCAUUCUGCCGGCGCCUCAUCCUCCUCUGGACCUUCUGCUGAUAAUCUGCAAACGAUGAUCGAUCAACAAGAGCAGCUGGUUUAUGAUAUGUUUACAUCGGCUGAUCAUCUCCCCCAAUCAGUUUGGAGCUUUGCUAUGUGUUUAGUUGUUUCCCAGCACCUCAAUACCCAAGUAAUGGAUUUGGAAGCGAACAAUCCAUUAAAGCAGAUUGCAUGCCUGCUUUCUGAGGCCAUGACAACAAUGGGAAAUGAGUUUCCACGUGAGGUGGAAAAAAGAGCGCGGGAGAGGGAGCUGGAAAGAGCACCGGAGGCGGUGGCUAGAAAACAGGAGAUGUUAACCAUAGUUGGUGCUCUAGAUGAACUUAAAAAGAUUGUUGCAGAUGUUAAUGAGUUGGGUAAUAAGAUUGAAGAGGCUAAGGCUCGAUCUGAGGGGGCAUCAAGGGAUGAAGUCAAACAGAUUACUGGAUUUGUUAAUUAUAUGUCCAGCAAAUUCACACUAGCUAGUGUUGGGCUUAGAACACGUGUUACGAAUCCAAUCUACAGGGCAUGUGUCAACCUCAUGAGGCUUGACAAUAUUUAAUCCAGUGGUAAUUAAUGGCGCGUAUUAAUAUAAUAAUUGGUGGACAUGUGGCUUUAAUGCGUUAAAUGAACGGAUUCUUAGUGUAAAA